GCUUUGAGCAGACUGGAUUGAACUCGCUCGGGUAAAAAAGCAAGUAAUUAAAAUGUUAUUACACGUGCUGCUUGUGUUUUUCCUACUCAAUGAAAUUCCAGUCCAGGGAAUAAACGAAGACUUGGUAAUAAGUUGGGAACAGAAAAUAAAGUUGGACGAGUUUAGAACAAUUGUGGAAGCCCAGCUACCCCAUGAGUAUAUGAAGACGGACAUUUAUCUUAUCCGGUGGCUGAAAGCCUGUAACUAUGACAUUCCGGCCGCUGCCCGUAUGCUGCGAGAGAAUCUCCGUUGGCGUGAAGAAAACGAAAUGGAUACCAUAUUGGACGAAGAUUGGACCGAGUUUAACAGCCAAUAUCGUUUCAACCUGGAUGGUUGCGAUGAUAACGGAGCUCCAGUUGCCGUGCUUUUCGUGGGCGAAUGGGACAUGCGUCGAGCCGCGUUGGCCGGACAAUCGGACAAAAUGCGACGCUUCAUUGACAAGUGUUUCGAAGAGGUUACCACCGUUUUAAGAAAUAUGCAAGCACAUGGGUCUAACGCGACGAGGCCAAACCUCAUUUUGGACGUGGCCUCGCUGAGCGUUCAAGUGCAAGCUUGUCCCCGGUGUAUCCCUUUCUACAUUUACCUCGUGCAAACGCUGGGUGCCCACUUUCCAAAUAUAUUCAACGUUGUAAUCGCCAUAAACACUCCUGACAUUAUAAUCCCACUCUGGAACAACGUCAUCAAACCUGCGGCACCUCCAGAAGUUAAGAAGCUGGUGGACGUCUAUGGGAGGAAGAAGAGCGUCUGGCGGGAAGCUUUGCUGACCAAGUAUGGCAUCGAUUGGACUAAAAUGAGCCACGAAAUGGGUGGCGUCGGACGGGACCCUGUUGAUUCGAACGAUCUCAUAAAAAGAGGAUAUUUGUACGAGUGCCCAUAAAUUAUAUGAAGAAAUUUCACCCAAUAGUGUAUAUUUUUAUCUAAAACAUAAGGGAGAUUGCGAAUUUCCGGUGUUUUUCAUUCAUUUCUAGUUUUUUUGGUAAUGAUCAAUUUAGUGUUCGUGUGAAACUUAGACUUUAAUUGCGACUGUUCCCUAGUGUUCAUCGCGAUCUGGAUACGUUGGACUAAAAAUGUUAUAUUUACGAAUAGCGACAGAAAAUAAAAUGAUAAAUGCAACCUGGCCAAAUUGUAGAACCGGUUGAGGUUGUGCAGAAAGUAUGUGGUCGGUUAGAGUGGGGGUAGGGCAUCCUAUCCUUCGUUUGUUAAUUAUAAUAUGAGGCAUACAGGUCGCACUGGCGGGUAGGGGUCAAAAUUUUGCGACAAUCGAUCACGUGAUUUAUGUACGGCCCCAUGUAUAUAUAUACGUCGCCAUUUCUCUCUGAAAAAACACUACCACAAAUUCACACGGUGACUCGGCUGAUCAGUUUAAUUAAAUGCGGCGAGGUAGUGAGUGGGUUAUCAAACUACUUGUUCAGACCGGUUUGUGCUGACGGAUGGUGCGUAUGAAUAUACAGGGUAGUUCAAACGUCAAUUUACAAUGGAAAAUUUUUCAAUCGGAAAAAUUCGUAAAUUUCCAUGAGUUACGGAUUUGGAAUUGAGAUUUUUAUUAAUUUUUAUCAAAACUUAUGGAACACUGGUGGCAAAAUUCUUAAAAUAUGGAAUUUCAGGGGCAAACUUUCGGUAACUAUUGGAGAUUUGCGAAUAUUUCCAUUUGAAUAAUUUUCCAUUGUAACCUGACAUUUAAACCACCCUGUAUAUCAGGGACCCGUAUAAUUUAAUUGGAUAAAAUGCAUGCUUAAUAGACUUUUUUUAGAAGGAAUGCAAAUAUAUGGAAGGCUGGAUUAAAUAAGAAUCACGUAUUCGCAUUGUGUAAAUAGGUAGUAAAAAAAUGCUAUUUAAUGUUAAUAGUAUGGAGGACAAGUCCCAGUCGUGGAAGAGUUGCCCAUCAGCAUAACAAUAUUUCAGGAAAAGAACGUCUUGAUUGCUUCUCUUGCCCAGUCUUCGUUUGGGUUUAGAGUGGUGGCCAUCUAAUAAGUCUGAACCUUUUCCUUUUUCAGAUAAAAGUUUUUAUACGCAUUGCACUUAUUUAUUUCCAUAAAUACAGCAUAAAGGAAGUCUGUUGCAGUCAGAUAUUUAAAAUGCUAACAACUAAUGUGUUAUCACGUGUGUUGUUUGUGGUCUUCCUACUCCACGAAAUUCCUGCCGAAGGAAUAAACGAAGACUUGGUAAUAACUUGGGAACAGAAAGUAAAGCUAGAUGAGAAAAUUUGUUAAAUUUGUAAAAUAUUUGUAAAAAAUACUUAUUUAAAUAUUGAAAAGAAACGUAAAAUGUCGGAUAAUAUUUAAUGAGAUAAGCAAUAAUUUAGAAAUAUAUAAUUAUUAUCAAAUUGAGUACAAGUUUUCGAAAGUAAGUCAAAAGGAGGUCAGAUGUUUUAAUGAUGUAAAAAAUUUCCUACUAAAUAGUAAAUUAAUGGAGAUCCUCUUUGGCCUCCAACCGUGCACGACGUGUCUCUCUCUCGCUCUGCAACUGGAUUCUCUCUCUCCCAUCUGGGUCGCGGGCGUGUGCCAGGGCAAGUCAAGUGUGUCCCAGGCUUUUCGCCCUGUGAGCCUCGUCCACUCACACCCCCCACCUGCGUGCCUGGUGACACCCCCUGCCACACCCGUCCCAGCAACGACUAGCUGAGCCAUCAGGCGAAGACGGAUCUCGCCGGACUCUGUGCACGGGAGGAUCUACGCCAGGAGGACUCCCCCAGGUAGGUCAUUGUUUGGUAUAUCGGGGUAGUGACCGUGGAGGGUGGUUGGUAGAAGAGUGAGGACGGGGUCGUGCAUGGCGGUGGGCAGCGUAGUCGGGCCUACGGGGGUCCCAUGACCCGGUUGAGCUGUGAGGGGUGAAGGGGCUAGUGGGUAGUGUCACUCGUCCCUGGUCACACUGUGUGACCGUGAAGGGGACACGUUGCCCGUGUCCGAGAGGGUGCUAAGGUAGUUCGUGGUCCGUGGACGCCCCGCCCAACAACCUUCACUCAUCAUGCUUCCGCCUUCGCGACGCCGUCCUCAUUUGGAUAUCACCAUCAUCUCUCGGGAUCUGCCUAUGAUCCCUAUCACUCAUUUGUCCUAUCUGGUGUCCAGGUAGUCAGAGCCCAAUGGACCUCUGGGCCACAUUCCCAGAGGUGAUAGUGGUUUUCCUGGCUCUACACCAUAGCCAGGUUUUCCCACUAUUCCUCUGACUACUUUAUUUUACUCUAUUUACAUUUACAUACCUAACUCUGUAAUCUCUAUAUUGAUGAGGGCUCAUGGCCAUAUCAAAUGCUAAUAAAUUGAAUAUGAAUGAAUAGUAAA